AUGAUACCCAAAACUCUAAAACUCUUAUUAUUAAUUAUACCAUAAAUCAGUGGCAUAAUAUUUGAUCAAGGGUUAUGCUAAGAAACAUGCUAGUAACAAAAUGCCAAUUUUGAUUGCAAAAACCAAAUUCAAUAUACGUUUACUAUAGCGUUUAAUUCUCCUUUUGAUAAUGUUCCUUAAGUUUUUCUUGUCUUAGAUCUUCUCAGUGUUGAUGUGAAAACUGAUUUUAGAAUGUGGAUCGAUAAUAUCACUAAAUAAAGUGAAAUAUACAUAUAUCCAUUAAGAUUUCAACUUAUUUGUAGUUUGCUUAACUGGUUGGGCAAGUUGUGUUAGAAUUAAGUGGUAUGCUAUCGAUGAUUAGAGGUUUUAAAUAGUCAAUGCUUUUAAUACUAUUGAUCUUACUUAAACGAAAUUUUAGCACAAGAAUAAAAAUGUGAAUACAGAAUUUGCUCUCAUUUCCUUGAUAAGUCAUAAUUUUGAUGAAAUCAACUUUAAACUUUAAGUACUUUUUUAUCUAAAAAUGAGAUUGAUGAAAUUACAAGCGAUGAUGUAACAGUCUCUUUGACAAAGGUGCCUGCAGAUUUUUCACAACAGGUUUAAGUGGGAUUUCAAAUUAUUUUAGGACCAAAAGAAGCAUUCUAAAAAUUCUUUUUUAUUGAUUCUACAGAAGAUUACAUAAAACUUAUUGAAGAGGUAUAAAAUGCAUGGUUUUUAUCCCUAUUUACUGGGAUGGGAUAUCCUUAUACUGAUGCUGUGAGAUUAGAUAAAUAAUAUUGGUAUUAAGAAGCUUCCACAUAUUAGUAUAGUUUAAAAACUUGUAAAUAUUUUUCCUAAUGUUAGGGUACAGUGCUUUUACUCCUUGCUCUC